AUGACAACUUCCUGGAAAUCUCACUUUAGCGGAUCCAAGAUCUGGUUCUAUUUACUAUUCUGGGGAUUGCAGAUUCUGCUUUUUGCAGUCGGCUGGUACUUACAAGUGACUAAUCACAAACUCGAUGCCUUGAACACCCUAAAGUACUCAGUCUGGAUCUCGAGAGGUGCAGGCUUGGUCCUGAGCUUUGAUGCGGCUAUUCUUCUUUUGCCCAUGUGCAGGAAUCUGCUCAAGACCCUAAGGCCGCGAUUGCGAUGGCUACCGCUAGAUGAGGCAAUAUGGUUCCAUCGCCAGGUUGCUUAUUCUCUCCUGAUAUUUACCAUCAUUCAUACUGCUGCUCAUUAUGUCAAUUUCUACAAUGUCGAGAAAAAUCAUCUUCGGCCCGUCACAGCAGUCCAAAUCCAUUUCACAGAGGCAGGAGGUAUCACCGGCCAUGUAAUGCUCUUGUGCAUGAUGCUGAUGUACACCACCGCCCACCAACGAAUCCGGCAGCAGGCGUUCGAAACCUUUUGGUAUACACACCAUCUUUUCGUUCCUUUUUAUCUGGCUCUUUACACCCACGCUACCGGUUGCUUUGUUCGCGACACCACGGACCCCAUCUCACCCUUCGCAGGGAAAAGGUUCUGGAACCAUUGCCUGGGAUACGAAGGCUGGAGAUGGGAAUUAGUGGGUGGGGCACUGUACUUUUGCGAAAGGCUUUAUCGAGAGAUUCGGUCAAGGCGGGAUACCGUGAUCACUAAGGUGAUCCGUCAUCCCUACGAUGCCAUGGAGAUCCAGUUCCGUAAACCAAGCAUGAAAUACAAGGCCGGCCAGUGGCUCUUUAUCCAAGUUCCCGAAGUUUCCAGCAACCAAUGGCAUCCCUUUACUAUCACUUCCUGCCCCUUCGACCCCUAUAUCAGUGUGCACGUCCGCCAGGUUGGGGACUUCACCCGUGCCCUCGGAGAUGCUCUAGGCUGUGGGCCCGCACAGGCAAGAGACCUGGAAGGUCUCGACCCAUUGGGAAUGUACGAAGUGGCGCUCCAGAACGGCCAAAAGAUGCCGAAGUUACGCGUGGACGGACCCUACGGAGCGCCGGCGGAGGAUGUUUUCGAGAACGAAAUCGCGGUCCUCAUCGGCACUGGCAUCGGAGUCACCCCAUGGGCGUCCAUCCUCAAAAGCAUCUGGCACUUACGUGCUCGGCCCAACCCACCCCGUCGGCUCCGCCGUGUCGAGUUCAUCUGGGUCUGCAAGGAUACCUCUUCAUUUGAGUGGUUCCAGGCUCUGCUCUCAUCGCUCGAGUCCCAAUCCGCAUCUACAGCUGCUUACGAAGGCAGCGUCGAGUUCUUACGCAUCCACACAUACCUUACCCAACGCCUCGACGACGACACGGCCGCGAACAUCUACCUGAAUUCGGUGGGGCAGGACCUCGAUCCCCUCACGGAGCUCCGUAGUCGGACGAACUUCGGUCGCCCCGACUUCAAGCGCCUGUUCAGCGCCAUGCGCGAUGGCCUUCAGGAUCAGAGCUACAUGUCCGGGCUAUACGACAAUACACCAACGCAGGUUGGAGUUUACUUCUGCGGCCCCAAUGCGGCUGCGAGACAGAUCCGCGAGGCGGCAUUGUCGACCUCGACAAAGGAGAUCAAAUUCAAAUUCUGGAAGGAACACUUCUGA